AUGGCCACCUUCGACAGCAGCAUGAACAACCAGACUAAUGUCAGUGCCUUCUACUGUCGCUUUCAAGAGGACUUUAAAUAUAUUCUCCUUCCUGUCAGCUACGCCCUGGUCUUUGUGAUUGGCCUGGGGCUGAACGCCACAGCACUGUUUGUGAUCGUGUUCCGCACUAAGCGCUGGAAGCCCUCCACUAUCUACAUGUUCAACCUGACCAUGUGUGACACGCUCUACGUCCUCACUCUGCCCUUCCUCAUCUAUUACUACGCAGACGAGAAUGACUGGCCCUUUAGUGAACCCUUCUGCAAAAUCAUACGCUUCCUAUUUUAUACCAACUUAUACGGUUCCAUUCUGUUCCUGUGCUGCAUCAGUCUGCAUCGUUUUGUUGGUAUCUGCUAUCCAGUCCGCUCCCUCCACUGGGUCACGGCCAGCCGGGCCCGGCUGGUGUCUGUGGCGGUGUGGGCCUGUGUUUUAUUCUGCCAAGCACCUAUCCUCUACUUCUCAAGAACCAGGGAUGUGAAGACGGAGCGGAUCUGCUAUGACACCACCAGCCCAGAGCUUUUUGAUGACUUUCUGGUGUACAGCUCGGUGGUGUCGGUGCUCAUGUUCGCCGUGCCCUUCAUGGUGGUGAUGGUGACCUACGGCCUCAUGGUGCGAAAGCUUCUGGAGCCGGGCUGGGGGUCUGACGGGAGCGAGAGAGGAGGCAUGUCAGCCCAACGUUCCAAGCAGAAGUCAGUGAAGAUGAUCAUCAUCGUGCUGGCCAUGUUCAUGCUCUGCUUCCUGCCUUUCCACCUCACCAGGAGUCUCUACUACUCCUUCAGAUACCUACGGCAGGUCGACCCAUCACAGAUCAGCUGUAAGUUGCUGGAGGCCUCCAGCAUUGCCUACAAGGUGACUCGACCUUUGGCCAGCGCCAACAGCUGUGUGGACCCCAUCCUUUACUUCCUGGCUGGGCAGGACGUCCGCAGUAAUCUCACCAAGAAGUUCAAGUCGUCUUCAUCAAAAACAACAAGUGUGAGCAAACGCUUGACGACAAAACUCUGA